AUGAGCGUGUUGCAACACUUGCGCGUGCAGCGCAGCAGCGACGAUGUCAAGUCGUGGGCAGCGCUCAAGCGUGUUUGGGUGCCCGAUGAGACUGAAGGCUACGUUGCGGCUGAGAUUCGCAGCGACAGUGGUGACUCGAUCACCUGCGAGCGUGUUUCGGAUCACCAGACGGUAACCAUCCCCAAGGAUGACACCCAGCAGAUGAACCCACCCAAAUUCAACAAGGUUGAGGACAUGGCCGAGUUGACCCACCUGAACGAGGCCUCGGUGCUCCACAAUCUGCGAGAUCGUUACAUGGCCGACCUCAUUUACACGUACUCGGGCCUGUUUUGCGUCGUGAUCAACCCCUACAAGCAACUUCCCAUUUACACUGAGGAAGCCGUCGCCUUGUACAAGGGCAAAAAGCGCGAGAACAUGCCGCCCCAUGUGUUUGCGAUUGCUGACACCGCCUACCGUUCCAUGCUUCAGGACCGCGACGAUCAGUCCAUCCUCUGCACCGGUGAAUCCGGUGCUGGUAAGACUGAGAACACCAAGAAGGUGAUUCAGUAUCUGGCCAGCGUGGCGGCUGCUGGUCGUGCUAAAGACGUUCUUGGCGGCACCAGCGCCAGUGGUGGCAUGGGCAAGGGCGAGCUUGAGCGUCAGCUUCUCCAAGCCAACCCCAUCCUUGAGACCUUUGGCAACGCCGCUACCAUCAAGAACGACAACUCUUCUCGCUUUGGCAAGUUCAUCAAAAUUCAUUUUGAUGCCGCUGGCGUCAUUAUCGGUGCUACCAUUGACACAUACCUGCUGGAGAAGUCCCGUGCCAUCCGCCAAAACGAGGGCGAGCGCAACUUUCACGCCUUUUACCAGCUUUUGCGCGGUGCCGACACUGCCUUGAUCACUGACUUUGGUCUGCAAGACAUCAAGUCUUACCGUUUCAUGUCCAACGGCGACGUCACCCUCCGUGACAUCGAUGACAAGAAGGAAUUCAAGCAGACCAACGAAGCGUUUGGCAUCAUGGGCAUGUCCUCGGACGAGAUCAACGAUGUGUGGCGCGUCAUCUCUGCCGUUCUGCUCUUCGGCAACGUCAACGUCUUGGGCGGUCGCCGUGGCGACGACCAAGCCAGCAUCACCUCAGAUGUUUGCUCGCAGCGCCUGUGCUCUCUCCUUGGCAUCAACCACAACGAUUUCAUCAAGUCAAUGACCCGCCCUCGCGUCAAGGCUGGCAAGGAUUUUGUGCAAAAGGCACAGACCAAGGAGCAGGUUGAGUUUGCUCUCGAGGCCCUGGCCAAGGCCCUGUACGAGCGCCUCUUCCUUUGGGUCGUGCAGCGUAUCAAUAUGACCCUCGACAAGAACGUGCGCGACUCGCGCAACUUCAUUGGUAUCCUGGACAUUGCCGGCUUUGAGAUCUUCAAGAACAACAGCUUUGAGCAGCUUUGCAUCAACUACACCAACGAAAAGCUCCAGCAGCUCUUCAACCACCGCAUGUUCAAGCUCGAGCAGGAGGAGUACAGCAAGGAGGAGAUUGAUUGGGAGUUUAUCGACUUUGGUCUGGACCUGCAGCCCACCAUCGAGCUCAUCGAUGGUCAGAUGGGUGUGCUCAAGUUGGUUGACGAGGAGUGCUUCUUCCCCAAGGCCACGGACAAGUCUCUGGCAGAAAAGGUUGUGCACAACUGCAAGUCGCACGAGAAGCUCGUGCCCCCUGGCGUGCGUGACGACUUUGACUUUGCCAUUGUUCACUACGCUGGCACUGUCCAAUACUCGGCUGAGGGCUGGCUCGUCAAGAACAAAGACCCUCUGAACGACAACGCGACGGCUCAGCUCGAGGACUCGAGCAUCCCCUUCAUCAAGUCGCUGUGGAGCGAUGACUUCUCCACCUCCGUUGCCUCGGGCUCCCGUACUCGCAAGGGUGCUUUCCGUACCGUUGGCUUUAUCUACAAGGAUCAACUCAGCCGUUUGAUGGACACGCUGCACCACACCGUGCCCAACUUUGUGCGUUGCAUUAUCCCCAACCACAAGAAGCGCCCAGGCAUGAUUGAUGCCCAGCUUGUGCUGGAUCAGCUGGCCUGCAACGGUGUUCUCGAGGGCAUUCGUAUCUGCCGCAAGGGCUUCCCCAACCGCAUCUUGUUCCAGGAGUUCCGCCAGCGCUACUCCAUCCUGACUCCGGACGCCGUGGGUCCAGGCUUUACCGAAGGUCGCACUGCGUGCGAACGCAUGCUUGAGGCCCUGAAUCUGGACCCCAACUCGUACCGCGUUGGCUUGACCAAGGUCUUUUUCCGUGCCGGCGUGCUGGCCCAUCUUGAGGAGGAGCGAGACAUUCGCCUCUCCAAGAUGAUUGUGGGUUUGCAGGCCCAUUGCCGUGGCUACCUGGCGCGCCGCCAUCAUGGAGCCUUGCUGCAUGGCUCCAACGCCAUCUUGGUCAUUCAAAGCAACGUGCGCGCGUACAUGAAGCUCCGAUCUUGGGCUUGGUGGAAGCUCUUCACCCGCCUCAAACCCCUGCUUAAGCACGCUCGGUCCGACGAUGAGAUGCGCGAGUUGCGCGAAAAGGUUGAUCAGCUCCAAGAGCAGCUCCAGGCUGAGCGCCAAGCGCGCGAGGCUGCCGAAAACGAGGCCGAUAAAAUGCGCCGCAAGGCCAAUGCUCUCGAGGAUGACAUCCAGGUUUGUGCAAGCACGAGAAACCUCGUCCUUUUUAUGCGCAAUUUGUGGUGUUUGUUUCAUGGCAUUGAUCACCGCAUUGAGGAGCUCACCGAUAGCAGUGCCCGACUCAACGAGCAGAAUAACGUGUUGUCGGAAGAGAUUGCUCAUCUCGAGGAGCAGUUGGCCCAGGAGAUGGACUCGUUGCAAACCUAUUUGAUUGAAAAGAAGGAUCUCCUUGCACAGCUCGAAGACAUGCGUGGCGGUCUUGACGUAGCCAGCGUGAACGAGGCCCGCGCCACUCGCCUUGAGGAACAGCUGAGUGAGGCACGUACCAAGAGCGAGGAGACACAGCAGGAGAUGGCCGUCAUUACCGAAGAGAAGGCCAAGUUGAACAAGGAAAUUUCUGGUCUUCGUGAGGAGCUCGACCAAGCCCUCAACCAAAAGGCGCGCGCUGUCAAGGCUCAGAAGAAGGUGGAGUCUGAGGUGGAGGACUUGCACGUUGAGAUUCAGACCCUGCAAGCCACCAUUAGCUCGCUCAACAACAAGCAGCGCUCGCACGACAAGUUUCUGGCCGAGGAGCGCGAUAAGACUAGCGUCAUUACGGAGGAGCGUGACUCCCUGCAGAGCCAGAUUCGUGAGCUUAGUACCAAGGUGCUCACGCUCAAGAACGAGCUCGAGACGGUGACAGAUCGUCUUGAAACUGCCGAGUCUGCCAAGCGUCGCCUGCAGGCUGAGAUUGACGACAUGAUUGCCAACCAGGACGAUAGCGCCAAGACCGAGUUGGAAAAUGCCAAGCGUGUCUUGACGCAACAGGUCGAGGAGAUGAAGCAGCAGGUGCUGGAGUUGGAGGAUGACAACCAAAUUCUCAACGAGCAGAAUCUGCGCAUGAAGGUGGAUAUGCAGGCACUGGAACAAAAGGCCAACGCCGUUGAUGUCGAGCGUGCCGAGGAGGACGCCAAGGAACGCAAGAAGCUGCAGCGUAAGCUGCACGAGUUGGAAGAGGAGCUUGAGUCUGAGCGCCGUACGCGCUCCAAGCUGGCUGGCGAGCGCAAGCGUCUGGAGCUUGAGGUCUCCGAGGCACAGCAGCUGGCCGAGGAAGAGCGUCUGCGCCGUGACAAGGACAACUCGAGCGUGCGCAAGUACGAGAAGCGCAUUCAGAUGCUCAUGCAAGAGCGCGACGAAGCCGUGCACUUGGCUGAGCUGGACACUGCCGCUGCCAAGAAGAUGCAGAGCCAGAUUGAGUCCCUGAAGCUGAUGGUCGAUGAGGCCGAGGAGCGUGCUUUCCGUGCCGAGUCGAAGAUGCGCCGGGCUGAGCGCGACCGCGACGAGCUGAGCGAGUCACUUUCGGCCCUGGAAUCAAAGAUGGGUCAUCUGCAAACGCAUGCCAAGAAUGCUCGCCUGCGACGCGAGGAGCUGACCAUCGAGUACUCGGUGCGCGACCACCGCAGCGGCUCGAGUGCGGCAUCCAUCCGUGGCGGCAACGAUGACGAGGAGGAGGUGUAA